GGCGCAACUGUGGCACAUUAAGCCGAAUAAUGUGGCGCAACUAAAAUCUGGACAAGUAAACUAUCUAUCUAUCUUGGCUUGCUCGACCGCGCUAGACAAGAGCCUCUGUGCCGUGAGUAAUCAAACCAAAUUAAUUCUCAAACUGAAGCUGAACAGUUUCUAAAUUUCUAAAACGUUUGACCGUUUUUUUGUUAGUGAAUUUUACACCUUUAAACGUUCCACUGUUGAGAAGGGGUGAAAUGAAAGAGUCAGAAUUUAAAGAAUUGGAUUUAAAGAAUCCUAAGUCUCUGAAAACCCUCGCUGAUUACGCUAGAGAUGAGACAGCGCGGAAACUCAUAUUGUCCUCAAAUAUCUUGUCUACAGCUGAUUGGUCGACCAACCCUUGUUCCAACUCUUUAGUCGAACUUUGUCGACUUUUUGGAAAUCUGUGUUUCAACAGCCCAGCUGGUCGCCAACUAGUAGAUCAAACCAAUCUUCUGUCGACGAUAUUUAAUGCAGUGGAGCAACAAAAUUUAAAAAUGACAGAAAGUCGUCUUUUCGCAGUUGUUCCUGGUUUAUUACAGAACUAUUGUAUUGAUAAUCCAUCGAAGAAUAUCUCCAGUAUUCAGCCUCUACUUGACCAGCUCGCUACACAGCUACUCCUUGUACAGGAUUUGGAGAUGAUCAAACCAUUUCAAGAUUUUCUAUUUGCUGUUCUAGGUAAAUAUAUAAAUAGAAAUAUAACAAAUUAGUUGAACACAUCAAACUCAG